AUGGGCAAAAACCGAUGGGGAGAAAUCGUCCGUGAUGGCUUUGUUUACUCGUCUGGACGGUUUCGUGUAGGUCACGUGGAACGUAUGGAAGGAUCUGAUCUACGCGCUAUGUUUCUACCCAAUCUAAGUCCUAAGGGGCGUCAGGUCUUAGCAAAGGAAGGGGAGUCUUUUGUUCGCGGCCAGCUCCUACACUAUGGAGUCUCAUUUCGUGAGAAUGAGUUUUCAGGAAACGCCGGAAAAUGUGACAAAGUGCCUGAUCACAUUCUCGCACUGCGCGAAGAGAUGCACCACGAGUGGCUCGAUGACCUUACCUCCGACAAGUUAUCGUACUAUCCAGAAUUCGCCAUGGACAAAUACUUCCUUACAGCGGGGCGUCCCGACAAAACCAAGGCAACCACCCCGGUCGGGAUCCCCUUCGAUCGAUCCAGCGCAUAUCGAACGGGAAGCAUGUGCCGGGUGGCUCAAAAGGUCGAGGGUCUUCACUGCGCGACAGGACACGGGCUCAAGACACAAACGGUUUUCAUGGGCUGGGACAAAGAGGCUGUGCAGCAAGCGGCUUUAAGCCACGCAGAUAAAGAAGCGGAGGAGACUAGAGCAGCAGAGAAACAGCGCGAAGAAGAGCGUGACGAGCUACAUCAGGAGUACCUUGAAUCUCUCAAACGCAAAGGAAGACAGACGACUUGUUCACCUGCUGGCCAAUAUAUUGUCGACUGUGAGGCAAUUGAACAGGGCUGGGAUGAUGUCAAUGACCUGACUCUUGAUAUUGAUGAAACUGAUCAAGAUGGAAUCUUCAGAGUUGUCUUUGAUUUUGGGAUUCUAGAAGGCGUUAUGCUUAUCUGUACAGAAAAAGGAAAGCUGGAUGAGCAUGUUUCUCACCUCGACGCUGAAGAUGGGUCUGAUGAAGGAGACACAGAGGAGCCCGAUUCAGACGAGGGGGAGCAUGCGCAAGAUGAAGAUGAGAGUGAAAUUGAUGACGCGAGUGGGGAUGUUAAUCGGGGGUCCGGGACAAGAGGCAGGAAAAGGAAAUUCCAAGCUUCGGCCCCGCGGCAUGAACCGAGGAAGAAAUCCAGGACGGCUGGUACACAACCGUUUCAAUAUUUCAUCAAGUUUCGAUGCAGCGAGACUGGUGAAGGCCAAAUCUACCCAGACCCGGAGGAUGGAACUCUUCGAUUCAAGGACAAGAGAAUGGCAGCGUUCUUGGGCCAAGUCGACAUGCCAUGCGUGGGCUCCAAAAUACCAUUUUCUGCACGAAAGAUUUCGAAUCUGCCAAGCCCCCAUGGAGAAGUAUGGUCGGAUUACUCCCACACUGCGUAUGAAUAUGCGAGAGUGAAUAGGUGGCGUUGA